AUGACGAAGAAAUGCAUUUGUCAGAUUUGUACGUGCGGGUAAGCAUUUAAACAAUCUUUGAUUGAAAUAGUCUAACGUGAGUUAAGCGAUGACUCUUGCCCAUACUGUUCUCAAAUUCCUCCGCAAUCGAUGCCAUCUUGAAUGAUUCUAGGAAUUCCACUUUACUUCAGUAGGAGGUUUUACUUUUUUCAGAUUAUUUUUAAAAUGAAAUUAUUUACGAGCUUCAUGCCUAAUAACGCCCCAUUCGAUAUUUUAUUGCGCUUCAAUCCUUCGACAAAGUGUUCGCAAUCCAUGCCGAAGUACUGUUUUAAGAAAUGGCAGCUGCGUGAACUACAUGUAAGUUAGAUUUUGUUGUUUUCAAAAGCCACUUCAUCAGUAAAAGAUCCCGGUUUUGGAGAAUUCAAAGCAAUAACCAAGCUCUUAGAACAAAUAUUCUCAGUUUUCGUUCAAUUUGGUUUAAUUUGAAAGCGCUUAAUUCAUAAACUUUAUUGAUGGGACGUGUCGUGCUUCUAAUUGUCACUGAACGAAUUCAUCGGACUGUUUAUAAUUUGGCAUGCUGCGAAUAAUAUGUUGCUAUUGCUUUUAUUGCCACUAAGUCAGGAGAAAUUGUCUCACUUUUUCCGAGUUUUUUUGUACAUUUGUCAAUGAACAUUCGGUCUGUGGUCGAUAACUAACCCCACGAUAAAUAAAUAUAAUACAGAACCGCCACCUUGAAAUUUUUGAUUGCGAGCGUGAUCAAGCUUUUAUUAACCGGGAUGUCAAUAUGCGAACAAGGCCAUCAUGACUUCAUAUAAGACAUAUAAGCUAAUUGACAGGUUAAGAAUACAGCUGUGUUGGUUAUCUAUCAGCUCUCUUUUAUUAUGGCAGUAGUUUUGGAGGAAAAUGUUAAAUGCUUCCUAGAGAAAUUUUAUAUUUAGAUACAUCAAAUGUUUAGUUGACACAAGCUUGGUAAUAUCCGAUUAUUGGAAGCUGAAAUUAAUAAGCCGAUGUAAACAAAAUAGCCGAAGAUAGUACACUUACUUGGGAUGAGUCCAACUCAUUAUUCUGAUCUGUGAAAUGGUGCUUAAUUAUUUUAAUUGCUAAAUUGCUUGAAAAAUUCUGUAUAGAGUGUCAUGUAAGGUACAUCAUAUAUCCUUCAAUUUUGAGGACUAGACUUGUUGAAUAUGUCAUUUGGUGCAGAGAAAGAGCUGGGUCCAAGGGACUUUUUUAGCAGUGGUGCAAACUGAGAAAAACUUAGCUUUGUUUGUGUGAAAUUAUUUAAUGGCUUAUCCGACAUUUUUUAAAAAUAUUUGAAUGAUUUAUUUGCUUGUCAAAUUUUGAACACUCCUUUUUAAGUGUUUUAAGGAGAACAUAGCAUUUUGAUAUGUAAGGCUUGAGGAUGUGAUAGAAAAUUACCAGAACACCCAGGACUUAAGCCCAUCAGUUGAAUGCAGAAAUGACCUUGUGGGACUUUAGUACUUAUUUUUGCAAUAGUGUUACUCAAAGAAGUGAACUUGUGGGCUUGUCCAGGGCAUACAGGUCAGGGCAGUUACCAGCGUCAUUGUGAGUGUCUUUCAUCUUCCUACGCCCCGGGCAAGCUCUAGGGACAGGGAAAUGUAAGAGACUGGGAUUGAGGUUGGGCCGUCACUAGGUAUACAAGUAGUUCUGAGAAUGUGUACAAAGGCGUUUUGAGCCACCUUAAAUUGCAAAAAUUUUGAGAUGCUAAUUGCAUCCCUGCCAGUCAAACAACACAAAACUAAAUUUAACAGCUUGUAGGUUGUACCUUGAUGCAUCUUUUGUUUUUGGCCUUCCUCCAGGGGGUGGAGGAUGGGGGUGUACCAGGCAUUUUACAAGAGGGGUUGGGCCUCAACACAUCUCAAAUGAUAGUACCCUGUUGUACUGUUGGCAUCUUCAGUUGUUGGCUAAUGUAUUUGUACUUGGUAAACACAUGAUAUCUUUUAAAGUGCAGUUUGACCUCCAUUUAGUGCCACCUGUUAAGGGGCCAGUUAUCAAAGUUGUGAAAAGUCACGAUAUUUCUAUGUGAUUCUCAGUCUCAUCAGAUGAGUUAUUUUGUUAUUUGGCUCAAAUAUGACUUUUUAGAUCAUGCUUACAUUUUAUUGGUUGGAAGGCAUGUGUAUUCUGUGGCAAAAUUCAGAGGAGGCUUCAGUGAGAAUAACUUAGCUAAUUUCGCAAAACUGACGCGCACUAUUAAACUAAGGCUUUGUGCCAAUACUGUAUUAGGGCGUUUGUACUAUUUAUGUACUACAUGGUAGAUUUGGAGGCUUGAAAAGUUUUCAAGCACCUUACAAAUAUUCACUCAGUUAGUUAUACUCUCCAUGAAAAUUGAGAAACAGAUUGCUUUUGAUAAUAAUAAUGUAGCCUCCUUUAGGAGGAAAUGGGCACUUUCAAACAAUGCCCCUCAGAAAAAUAAUUUAAUCCAAUCAACGAAAUAAAGUGCAAGUAAGAGACAGGCAGAUGGGGGGGGGGGGGUUGUAGGAGGACCAAAAGGCAUGCAGCCUUCUUGUCAUCUUCUUGUGAUUGUCAUUGUAGUCCUUCUGUGGACUUUGUCUUUCUUUUGUCUUCUAUUAUAUCUCUUUUUUUCCCUUUUAAUAAAAUUGUUAGCUAAUGUAAAGUAAAAUUAGUAACCGAGAAGUAGACUUAAUUGUAAUCAAUUGUAACUGUUUGUAAACAAUAAAGGGAAAAAAGUUUUCAAGUACCUACCAGGAAUUUUGGUCGUGGAUGGUGUGCAAGCUUAUGGGUUCCUGGUGCAUGUGAUAAAUCAUUAUGUUUACCUUUAAUAAUUCUGUGAAAUGAAGAACGAAAUAAUAUUAUUUUCAUUCUCUCUUUCUGUUUUAGACGCCAUCGAUGUCCUCAUGAAGGUGCCAGCCCAAACCGAAUUGUUAACAAAUCCAUGCAGGAUCGGUGUAACGUGAACUCCGAGUACAAAACAAAAUACAAGCCGGGAGAACGAACCAGGGGACCUUUUCACCGUCCAACCGAUCUACUUUACAGCAAAGGAGACUUAGAAAAAGAAACAACCCAAAGGCUUGAUUUUGUCCCGUUUGAGGUCAGUCCUCCAAAGAAGAAGGAACCUGAGAAGUACUUUCCAAACCCAAACCCGUUUGAAACCGUGUCGGAACACCGGGAUCACUAUCGUGGGGUCCGUGCCGUAGCUGCUAAAAUACCCCCGUACCUUCGUGGGGAAACCAUGCGUGCCCCUUCAGCAAAAGUGGUGUACAGAUCUAUCGCGCAUGACGAUUACAAAGGAUGGACGCCAGAAGUCCACCGUGUGACGCGUAGUAACUCGUACGCACCGCCUACUGACCCGUUUAGAGAGACUUCUAUCCACCGGCAGGACUACCAAAGGUUUAAUCAGCCACCACGCCCUACAGCACGCCAGCCUGACAAGAUCAGAUAUGAAGGUCCUCUAUCGUCCACUACCAAUUACAGAACGGACUUCAAGAAUAAGGAGAUACCGCAGAGAUUUCAGCGCAAACCUGAAGAGCGUGUUCCGCCAGCAGAGCCGUUCAACAGCAACUCGGUUUUCAAAGAAGAUUUUGUGGAUCUACGCGGUGCGCCAAAGGCUCCCAUAUUUAACCCUAAAAGCGAUCUGUUUAAAACCAACCAGCCCAUGCAGCAGGUGACAACCAAAAGAGAAGAUUAUAAGACUUGGGAGGUAUCACCGCGCAAGCAACAUGAACCGGAGAAAUACAAAGCUCCAGAUGGAACAAUGGACUGUCAGACAACGCACAUGGAUUAUGCGAAUUUCGGAAAGAAAGCUAUCCCAGCCCGUACCGCUAGACCACGUACCAAGCUACGAUUUGGACGAGAAGAAGCGCUGGAUGAUAAAACCAACUAUGGCUUGAGCUUCAAAUGGUUCUACGAACCCAUUGUGCAUUCAAAGGGCCCAGGAAUUAAGAAUGAAAUAUUUCCCCCAGUCCAAGAGAAGAGUCCCGAGAAGUCGGAAUUCCUUGAUAAAUAUAAGAGGUUUAAUGUAGUACCCCCCAGGAUGUUUCGUGACAGGAGUGCCCUGUUCAAGACCUCGGAGGCACUGGCCAAGGAUACGGUGUAUGAUGAUGACUACUCAUGGCCCCAGGUCACGUGUCCAUCGGAAGCGCUAAUCAAAGGAAAAGGAACGUUUGUGUUUGAUCAUGAAACUGAGAUGGGACAUAAAGUGUAUUCAUUGGCUGGGAAAUCACAUAGUUCUGACAUCGCAGUAGCAUAG